AUGGCAGCCGCAACAUCGGCGUCUACCCCGCCCACACCACCCACAUCUCUCCCAGCAUUCGCCCGCAUCACAUCAGCUUCCCUCCUCAGACGCAACGCGUCCAACUCGUCCUCGCGCUCAACAACAACGUCAGAGUCCACAUCCUCCCUCGUCGCAGUCCCCAUACGGCCGCCCCCAAUCCAGACCCGCACAGCGGCCACCCCAGACGCACAGCUGUACGACACAUCAGACCUCUCAGACUAUGGAGGAGCAGCAGACCGCCACCCACAAACAGCGUACGGCGGCCGCGGGUUCAUGCACAAUGGACCCCGUAUGUCAAGGCAGAGCACAAUGCCCCCAGCCAUCGUCGCUACGUCACCAGAUGCAGUCGCCCCACCCCAUCGCUCACCAUCAUUGCCACCCAACGCUUCCAUCUCACCCACCACCCCGCGCGCGAGCCAUCUCAUUCUCCCAAUGGACGGCCUUCCCUCGCAUGCCCCCACCUCUGCCGGCCAGCUCCGCAUGACCAUCCAAAACGAUCUGGACGCAGAACCUCGCCCAAGCUCCGCACCCUCGACCCCUACGGCUACUCGCACGACCAGAGCCCGCAGCGUCAAUGACGUUGAUCCGGCAGAACAGCGCGAGCGUCGCCAAAGUGGUCUGUCAACCCAUUCAAAUGGCUCGGCAACGUCAAGGCGCCCGCAACUCCGUGACUUUGUGCUCGGCGAAGAGCUCGGGCGAGGAAGCUACAGUACUGUCGUUGCUGCAACCCAGACAGCCAUGCCCCGCAUUCCCUACGACGUUGCCAUCAAGAUCAUGAACCAGAUGCACCUGAUCCAGGAGAAAAAGGCGAAAUACGCACAUAUCGAACGCGACGCUCUCAUUCGACUGGCACAGCCCAGGCCAUCCGGUUCACCGACGUUGCGUGUUGGCCACCGCCGUGGCAUGUCUAGCUCGUCGUCUGGCGGAGGGGCGGCAGCCGUUCGCAAGUCCAACCAGGCGUUUUCAGCCCGCCGCGACAGCAACAGCAGCAACCCCCCGCCUAGUGGCGGCCUGAGGGAACGGCAGCUCAGCGCGAGCGAUGGAUAUUCACCGCGAACGUCCACAGCCCCGCUUUCGCCCUUGAUGGCAACAAGCCGCCGACUCCAGGCCAGCGACUCGCAGGAGAUCCUUGACGAGCGCAGCGGGACACCAGGACUCUCGAGCAGGCCUCCGUCUCCCGUCCAAGAAGAGUCGCACGAUGGCCACCUUGCUGAUCAAGGGAGCGGCUCCGAACCCGACCAUCUCCACCCGACCAUUUCGUCGUCAUCGUCUUUUCCCGAUGCCCAGCGCCCGCGCACCCCACGGAAGCGCAGACAGUCGCUCGCCCAAUCUGAGCGCAGCACGAGGUCGUCCGCUGGUACGGUCAGCGGACCGGCCCCGACGUUUGGCCACCCAGGCGUCAUUCACCUGUACUGCACCUUUGCCGACAAGACGAGCGUCUACUAUGUUCUCGAAUGUGCCCACAACGGCGAACUCGCUGCUGUCAUUCGCAAAUUUGGGUCACUUGACCUCGAGUCUGUGCGCUACUAUGCUGCCCAGCUCAUCGACACCAUCGAGUACAUUCAUGAGCGCGAGAUUAUCCACCGUGACCUCAAGCCCGAGAACAUUCUGCUUGACAAGGACAUGCGUAUCAAGGUGACCGACUUUGGUAGCGCCAAAAUCAUGGGCCGCAAGGAGGAGGCUGCCGAGACGUCAAAGCGCUCAUUUGUCGGUUCUGCCGACUAUGUCAGCCCCGAGGUUCUUCGCAACGAGCCUCCAUCCACCGCGUCAGACAUUUGGGCCUUUGGCGUCGUCCUCUACGACUUUAUCACUGGGAAAUCGCCAUUCCGUAGCGCCACCGAGUUCCUUACCUUCCAAAAGGUUCUCCAGCGCGAGCUCGUCUUCCCCGAGGGCUUUGACCCGGAGGCACAGAGUCUUGUCGAGUUGCUCCUCGACCUCAACCCGGCCAAGCGCCCCACUGCCGCUCAGGUGAAGCAGCACCCCUUCUUUGCCAGCAUCGACUGGUCGACCAUCUGGACCAUCCCCGCACCCACCGUGCGCACAGGUCUUGUCGCGCCUCAACAGUCAAGCGGCCCUAUGCUCGACUCGAGUGUGUGGGCCGAGUUUGAUGACCAGAUAUCGGACGCCGAGUUUGAGUCUCCAGAUGAGCACGAUGACCUUCGCUACGACCGCUACGCUGCCGCCGAUGCGGUGGCUGCUGUGGACCGUCACUUUCCUGUGCGCCAGCAAUCACUGUCGCCAGAAUCGGACAGUCUCGACCCUCCCCGCCGCGCCUGGCUGGAGGGCGACGAAGAGCAAAGGCAGCCCAAGGUCCGUGGGUGGUCGACCAGUUCGAGUUCAAGUGGUGGCCGUCUGAGCGGUUGGCUCGAAUCCAUGGGUAUCAACACUCCUCCUGGCAAGCGCGUCGAUUCCAGCCGUGCAAGCCGCCACAGCGACCGCAGCGAAGACCGCGGGCGCCUCGAUAUUGACGGUUCGCGUAGCCCUCGCGUUCACUCGCGCGCCAACUCGCCUGAUGCAGGCCGCUCGUUUGGUCUAUCCGCCUCUGACAACAGCCGCUGGAUGCCACUCAUGGUUGCCAACGAGCGCAUUAUCCUUUCCACCCCUAUCAUGACCAAACCAUCCAACAAUGUCCCAGCAUUCUUGCUGCCGGCCUCCAAGCGCCGCCAGCUCAUUCUGACCGAUCUUCCCCGUCUCCUCGAAGUCAAGGACGACCCCGAGAGCGGAGCACCCAAAGUCAAGCGCCAGUUUGGCUUUGUUCAGCACCAACGCAACGUUCCACCUGCGACUGUUCGCAGCGCCACCAGCAUCCCCGGCGAUGACGUCGGGCUCAUGUAUGUCCUGGAGGUGCAGGACAAGAGCAACAAGGCAUUUGUGUUGCAGACUGCGACCCAAAGCUACACAUUCCAGGCGGAUACCCCCGACAUUCGCGCCGCUUGGCUCAAUGUGUUAAAGAAGGUGGUGUAG